GUCCACCUCUACAGCGAGCUUGACUGUAGGCUUUCUGUUUACCAGAAGGCAUCCCUUGUGCCUGACACAACGUAUAUGCUAAUUGGGUGCAUGAAUGGAAUGCUUGCUUGAGCAUCCAAGAAGGAACUUGCAGCAGCGCUAGCAAGAGAUUCGCAAAGGAAAUUAGUUUUGCAGAGGAGGAGGGCAUUAAUUUUGUUAGAGAGGGCGGUGGCCCUCCAAAGGCCUGGAGGUCAGAAAUGGAGCGAUGUUGCCUCUCACGUUCACCGACUUGCUUGAACAUAGUAUAUCUCUUCCGGUACAAGGCCUGCCCCAGGGCCCAAGCUCUAGGGUCAUAGGAAAAGGCUGCAUUGCAGCCUUUUGCUCCAACACCUUGGGGGACAGCAGUGAAUUGUGGUUAUGGUUCAUCACUGACCAAGGAGGUGGAAUUGAAUCAUUAAAGGGCCAGCAUGACUGGAUAAUGAAUGCUAACUAGGCCGUGUGCUAAGUACAGGUAGGAAUGUGAUGAAAAGGUCGUGUAAGACUGGAGACAUGGCGAUGGUUUGGUUCCCAGCACCCACAAUAGGUGGCUCAGAGCCACCUCCCUCUCCAAGGGCUCCAACACCUCCUCUGCCUACAUUCACACAGCAAAUGUAUGCUGGCUUUGCCGCAGCUGACCUCUCUGGCCGGGAGACAGAGCCUGAGAUGCCCAUGGAUCGACUAGCCAGUGGAGCCCAGAGCAUUCCUGCCCACGACGAGGGCCCGAGUUUGGAAGAGGACAGCUUUGCUGAGGAGAAGGAAGCCGAUGGGGAGCUGUACGCCUGGGAGCUGUCAGAAGGUCCACCCGUGGAACAGGCUGCUGACCUUUUCAGUGAGGACUGGGACCUGGAGCUGAGAGCAGACCAAGGGAACCCUUACGAUGCUGAUGACAUCCAGGGGAGCAUUUCUCAAGAGAUUAAACCCUGGGUGUGCUGUGCCCCACAAGGAGACAUGAUGUAUGACCCCAGUUGGCACCAUCCACCUCCACUGAUACCGCAUUAUUCUAAGAUGGUCUUUGAAACAGGACAGUUUGAUGAUGCUGAAGACUAAACGGGUCACUUUUCAGCCUUGUGGGAGCUCCUGUGUUCUCAAGACUUGUCUCCUGUGUCUUCGGUGGGAUGGCCUAUUGGAGGCACUGUUCCCAGUGUCCCUCAGUGUGGGCCACAGGCAGCUGUAAUGGGUCCUGUCGCUCUCCCAUUUUGUUGUUUCUGUUGUUAGUGGACUUCGGAGUGUGUUGGCAUUUUUUGUCUGUGUCAAAGUUGUGUUCUUUAUAAAUAAAGGAAGGAAAAAAAUAA